CCACACACACCAGAAUAAAUGCGUUCCAACGCAGUGGGGGCGGCGCUGCCUGCCCGCACUCUCCAGGCGUCUGCCGAGCCAUCCCCCACCCAUCUCCAAGGCAAACACACCAGGGAGGCAGGGACUGAGAGCACCAUAUCGGAGCCAUGGCGGCGGCGGCGGCGUCGUCGGCCGACGGGCAGGAGGUGCCCAACAAGCGGGUGAUCCUGAAGCGCUACGUGUCGGGGUUCCCCAGCGAGGACGACAUGGAGGUGGUCACCGGGACGGCGCGCCUCGCCGUGCCGCCGGGGACGGCGGCCAUGGUGGUCAAGAACCUCUACGUCUCGUGCGACCCUUACAUGCGCGGCCGCAUGACCAAGCACGACAGGCCCAGCUACGUCCCGGACUUCGUCGUCGGAGAGGCUUUGGUAAACUUUGGUGUAUGCAAGGUGAUAGCAUCUGGGCAUCCGGAUUUCAAGGUUGGUGAUCUUGUCUGGGGGAUGACCGGAUGGGAGGAGUACACUUUCGUCCCGAAGCCAGAGUCGUUUUUCAAGAUCAAUCACCCUGAACUGCCUCUGUCGUACUACACAGGUGUUCUUGGCAUGCCCGGCCUUACAGCUUGGGCUGGAUUCUUCGAUGUGGGCAAGCCCAAGAAUGGCGACUAUGUCUUCGUCUCAGCAGCAUCAGGCGCCGUUGGUCAGCUUGUUGGUCAGUUUGCUAAGCUCACAGGCUGUUAUGUUGUCGGCAGUGCUGGUUCAGACGAGAAGGUGAGUCUUCUGAAAUCCAAGUUUGGCUUUGAUGAAGCAUUCAACUACAAGAAAGAGCAGGACCUCGAUGCCGCGUUGAGGAGGUACUUCCCAGAGGGCAUUGACAUCUACUUCGAGAACGUGGGCGGCCGCACGCUGGAAGCCGUGCUGUCCAACAUGCGCAACCAUGGGCGGAUCCCGACCUGCGGGAUGAUCUCGCAGUACAACCUGGAGGAGCCAGAGGGCGUGCACAACCUGUUCCAGAUCGUCGCUAAGCGCCUGCGCAUGGAGGGCUUCAUAGUCAUGGACUACUACGGCCAGUACCACAAGUUCGAGCAGGAGAUGGCCGGGUACCUCAAGGAGGGAAAGAUAACCUAUGUUGAGGACAUUGCUGAUGGGCUAGAGAAGGCUCCGGCGGCGCUCAUCGGGCUCUUCACCGGCCGCAACGUCGGCAAGCAACUGGUCGCCGUCGCUCGGGAGUGAGUAUGUCGGUGAGGGCGUGAUAUGUGUCUACCCGGAGAGUUGAGAAUAAUGCCAUAGCGUUGGAGUUCGAUGUGCUGGGAACUGAUGGUUUGUAGACGACUGUAGUGCUUGUAGUUUUAUGCUGCUUGUGUGAAAAGUUUUAGAUUUUCUACUGUUCGUUUCUUUUACUUAUGCUCAA